UGCCACAACACAUCUGUAAAGAAGACAGAAAAAUGGCGGACCUCAGGAAAAUCAGUUCUGGGUCUCUGCCCUAUGUAAACGUUUCCCGAAAAGUGUCAGUUCAAGGGAAGAUUUUUAUCUUACUCUGUAUAAUAUUGGCCGAACCCGGAGGAGCUACCACCCACUGGGUUGUCACUGAAGAUGGAAAAAUUCAACAGCAAGUUGACUCUCCUUUAAAUCUUAAACAUCCACAUGACCUUGUCAUCUUCAUGCGACAGGAGACCCGUGUCAACUACCUGAAGAAGUUAGAGAAGCAGCUUGUCGCUCAGAAGAUUCACAUUGAGGAGAAUGAGGACAGGGACACGGGCUUGGAGCAGAGGCACUAUAAAGAGGAUACCGACUGUGUCAUGGCUAAAGUACCCCUGGGAGACUUGGAUCUCUACGAUGGUACCUACAUCUCCCUGGAGAGUAAAGACAUCAGCCCUGAGGAUUACGUAGAUUUUAGGUCCCCUCUACCCCCGGAUCUGGAGAAGCCUGACUGUGCCAGAGUAUUUGAGCUCCCAUAUAGUAUCCACGGUUUCCAGCAUCUCCGGGGCGUGCAGGAACAGGUGAACCUCACAUCUCCUCUGCUCUCUAAAGAGGACCCCAUUUUUGGCUCACUGUCCCACAAACUGGGCCGCAACAUGGAUGAGGUGGGCCAUCGCAUCCAGCAGGGCCUACUGAGGAACUCCUCAUCCUGGGUGCUGUAUAACCUGGCGUCGUUCUACUGGAGGAUAAAGAAUGAGCCCAGGCGGGCGGUGGACUGUGUGAUCCGGGCCCUGCACUUCUCACCCAGGCAGCACAAGGACCUGGCCCUGGUGAACAUGGCCAACAUCCUGCACAGGGCCCACUUCUCUGCUGACGCUGCCAUCGUGGCUCACACUGCCCUGGAUUUGACCUCUGACCUUCUCACCAGCCACUAUACCCUGGGCAACAUCUACGCAAUGCUGGGGGAGUAUAACCACUCAGUGCUGUGCUAUGAGCAGGCUCUCCAGGCCCAGCCGGGCUUUGAGCAGGCCCUGAGGAGGAAGCACGCCGUCCUCUGUCAGCAGAAACUGGAGCAGCGCCUUGAGGCCCAACACAGGUCUCUGCAGCGCACGCUGAACGAGCUGAAGGAAUACCAGAAACAGCAUGACCACUACCUGCGUCAGCAGGAGGCCCUGGACAAAUACAAGCUGCUGCAGGAAGAGCAGAUCCUCCGCAACAUCAUCCACGAGACCCAGAUGGCCAAGGAGGCACAGCUGGGCAACCACCAGAUGUGUCGUCUGGGCCAACAACAGAGCAGCCUGUUCUGCCCCUUGGACCUGCCGGUGCGUUAUCACCGUGGAGACCUGUUUGAGCACGUCCACCACAUCCAGUUUGGAGAGGAGGUCUCUGUGGCGGGCAGCGUUGCUCUGGUGUCGGAGCCAAGCACCAACCAGACCAACAGCUCACACCUCCACCCCUCUGUGUCCGGAGACCCUGAGCCUGCAGCCCUCUGGGGCCACCAGGCCUCCCCCACUGAAGACAUUCAGAGGCUGCUGUGGCCUCGGAGGACAGACUGUGCUGAUGAGUUUCCUGUCAUCCCCCCCGCCCACCUACUACCCACCUUCUACCUCCCACCUGAGACACAGGGCCCCAGCCUCCAGACGGUGCUGUACGGUACCGGACCCCCUCCCUCCACCCUGGCUUCUCCAGACUGUGGCCCUGUGCUCCAGCCCCCUACAGCUGACCUGCCUGCCUCUGUGGGCUGGACCUUGGAGGACAAGGAGCUGCCAGACCCCCACGCCACCCAGGUACUGCUGUCUCGCAGCAGAGGCUGGAGUUUGGAGCAGGCUGGUGCCAGCAUAGCCCGAGCCAUGAAGAAGGAUAGCGCCCCUGGCUGGUUGCUCCAGAACGAGGCGGCGUUGUUCUGGCGGGCGAAGGGUAAUGGUACCAGCUCGCUGCAGUGUCUGCGCCACUCCCUGGCCUCUGCUCCGUCCACCCAGCGCCACCUGCCCCUCGUCAACGCUGCCAAUCUGCUUCUGCGCCACGGCCUCAGCGCCCACGCACACACUCUGCUGGAGGACGCCCUGGCACUCAACGCCUCUGAGCCCCACACUCUCCUGAGCCUGGUGAGUGUGAAUCUGGCCCAGGGCAACGUGACGGGCGCCCUGGACCUGUUCCGCCAGACCCUGGCUCUCUCUGCCAGUUGUGCCCAGUGCCGUGCCAGCCUGCCCCUUCUGCGAUGCCUGCAGUUCUACCCCUUCCUGUACAACCUGCAGCGCUCGCCAUGUCCGCAGGGUGCUUUGUGUGUCGGUGAGGAGGAUGUGACUCUACAUCUAGAUGAAUGGGAGGCUGGCAGUAGACAGAAGCAGCAGGAGGACCCCACCACCACGGCUUCCCAGGCUCUGCCUGUCUCCACAGUGGAGGAAGCCCUCCUGUUUGAGAAGGUGGUGCUGGACAGUAACGGCUCUGGAGAGGCAAGCCAACAGCCUGGAGGAGGAGAGAGGGAUGAGGAGGAGUGGCAGCUGAAGGAGGAGCUGAUGGGGGCCUUCGAGGGGGCCCUGGACGUGGGGGGCAAGCGGGGCGACCUGAGGGGCAUCCGCGUGCUGAAGAACGACCGUGUGAUGGGAGCGGGCCGGAGCGGAGGAGGGCCCUGCUUCGGGAACUGUGAGGAUGACGAGGGGGCUGAGUGGAUCACAUUCCAGGUGAAGCGUGUGAGGAAGCCCAAGGCGGACAGCCCUGAGGUCUGGGGCAGUGCUGAGGGCACCCUGCAGGGGGAGACACUGCUCCCUGGAGGCCACUCUGUUCUGGAGAUCAGCGGCCCCACCAUCCCGUCCCCCGGGCCCUCAGGGCGAUGGAGGGACUAUACCGGUCUGGGCUGGCCGGGGCCAGAGGAGUGCCAGAGAACACGCAGGGUAGACCUCACCACCGUGGCCAGUACCUGGCUGGCCGUGUCUGCCAAGAACAUCGACAUCACGGAACACAUAGACUUCACCACUCCACUCCAGGAGCCUGCGGUGGAGCCAUUGUGCAACGCCAACCUGGCUGCCAGCAUGCACACCCUGGACCACCUGGCUGGCGUGGCCAACCGCGCCGCCAUCCACUACACCGGAGAGAGUCAACUCAGAGAGGUUCUACAGAAUCUGGGCAAAGAUAAGUUCUCCCCUCAGUCCUUUGAGCAGGUGGGCACGCGCAUCGCCAAGGUCUUGGAGAAGAACCAGACAUCGUGGGUCUUGUCCAGCAUGUCUGCUCUCUACUGGAGGGUGAAGGGUCAGGGCAAGAGGGCCAUCGACUGCCUACGCCAAGCCCUCCACUACGCCCCACACCACAUGAAGGAUGUACCUCUGAUCAGCCUGGCCAACAUCUUCCAGAACGCACGGCUGUGGGAGGACGCUCUGACCGUGGCCCGCAUGGCUGUGGAGAUCGCCCCGCACUUCGUUGUCAACCACUUCACCCUCGCCAACGUCUACAUCGCCAUGGAGGAGUUUGAGAAGGCCAUGCGCUGGUAUGAGUCCACUCUGGAGCUGCAGCCAGAGUUUGCCCCUGCCAAGGACCGCCUGAGAACCAUCCAGUGUUACCUGCUAACCAAGAAGGAGCGCCGUCUACCCUGAGACAACUCCACAGAAGCCCUCGGCACACACACACACCAUACACACAUACAAAAACAUAACUUACAGUAGUUACUCACAACAAAUCGGUUUUUGGUUGUUUUUGUUUUUUUAAGUCAUUGCCAUAUAAUUUAUGUCCAAAGGAAUUCGGGGGUUCCAUUCACUGUGACCUCAGACUCUGGUCGUAGGGGGUAAAACCAACCACUUCCAUUCGCUGUGACCUCAGACUGGUCGUAGGGGGUAAAACCAACCACUUCCAUUCGAAAUUCUAUUAGGAAGCUUUGGGAUGUAUCCCGUCAUUCAGCCUCCCUGUCCCAUAGACUACAGUAUAUAGAGCCCAGCAUAGUCUCAUCAUUCAGCCUCAAUGUCCCAUAGAUUACAGUAUAGAGUCCCAUCACUCAGCCUCCCUGUCCCGUAGACUACAGUAUAUAGAGCCCAGCAUAGUCUCAUCAUUCAGCCUCCCUGUCCCAUAGACUACAGUAUAUAGAGCCCAGCAUAGUCUCAUCAUUCAGCCUCAAUGUCCCAUAGAUUACAGUAUAGAGUCCCAUCACUCAGCCUCCCUGUCCCGUAGACUACAGUAUAUAGAGCCCAGCAUAGUCUCAUCAUUCAGCCUCCCUGUCCCAUAGACUACAGUAUAUAGAGCCCAGCAUAGUCUCAUCAUUCAGCCUCAAUGUCCCAUAGAUUACAGUAUAGAGUCCCAUCACUCAGCCUCCCUGUCCCGUAGACUACAGUAUAAAGAGCCCAGCAUAGUCUCAUCAUUCAGCCUCCCUGUCCCAUAGACUACAGUAUAUAGAGCCCAGCAUAGUCUCAUCAUUCAGCCUCCCUGUCCCAUAGACUACAGUAUAUAGAGUCCCAUCACUCAGCCUCCCUGUCCCGUAGACUACAGUAUAUAGAGUCCCAUCACUCAGCCUCCCUGUCCCGUAGACUACAGUAUAUAGAGUCCCAUAGGCUACAGUAUAUAGAGUCCCAUAGGCUACACUAUAUAGAGUCCCAUAGGCUACAGUAUAUAGAGUCCCAUCACUCAGCCUCCCUGUCCCAUAGGCUACAGUAUAUAGAGUCCCAUAGGCUACAGUAUAUAGAGUCCCAUAGGCUACAGUAUAUAGAGUCCCAUAGGCUACAGUAUAUAGAGUCCCAUAGGCUACAGUAUAUAGAGUCCCAUAGGCUACAGUAUAUAGAGUCCCAUAGGCUACAGUAUAUAGAGUCCCAUAGGCUACAGUAUAUAGAGUCCCAUAGGCUACAGUAUAUAGAGUCCCAUAGGCUACAGUAUAUAGAGUCCCAUAGACUACAGUAUAUAGAGUCCCAUCAUUCAGCCUCCCUGUCCCAUAGACUACAGUAUAUAGAGUCCCAUCACUCAGCCUCCCUGUCCCAUAGGCUACAGUAUAUAGAGUCCCAUAGACUACAGUAUAUAGAGUCCCAUCACUCAGCCUCCCUGUCCCAUAGACUACAGUAUAUAGAGUCCCAUCACUCAGCCUCCCUGUCCCGUAGACUACAGUAUAUAGAGUCCCAUCACUCAGCCUCCCUGUCCCGUAGACUACAGUAUAUAGAGUCCCAUCACUCAGCCUCCCUGUCCCGUAGACUACAGUAUAUAGAGUCCCAUCACUCAGCCUCCCUGUCCCGUAGACUACAGUAUAUAGAGUCCCAUCACUCAGCCUCCCUGUCCCGUAGACUACAGUAUAUAGAGUCCCAUCACUCAGCCUCCCUGUCCCGUAGACUACAGUAUAUAGAGUCCCAUCACUCAGCCUCCCUGUCCCGUAGACUACAGUAUAAAGAGCCAGAAGGCUGCUGUUCUUUGUUCUGUCUUCAGUGGAGUUGGACUAGGAAGUACAGACAGGACAUUGUUUUAUUUCAUGAAUUCAUACACAUCCUUCCCUCUGUCCUUCAUUCCUCAAGGUGUUCACUGAAGAAACUAUAUGAUGUAACUGGAAACCUGCCCAAUUCAGUCACAGUAUUGAAGGAAGGAAAUCUGCUUUUAUUUUAUGUGUUGUAAGUGGGGCCCCUACGAUUCAUCUUUUCGUUAAGGGCUGAGAGUCGUUUAGUUUUUCUGGGGGUGGUGAAACACACCGAAGGGAAGAGUUUAUUUGGUUAGGAAUCGAUCAAGAAGGACAAUGCAGUAGUUGAUUUACCAGACAGAUAUAAUCCCAUAGAUGGUGCUGUUUUUUACAUUUCUUUUAAUUGGUGGUUUUAAUUGGAAGAACAGUUGUCAUCACACAGUCAUUUCUUAUGAUUAAGAAAAGGUUUGGUAAAGAGACAGAAAUGGCUGCUGGUUUGUAACUUGCUAACUAAACGCAGGUUUACCGGGUCGUGGAUCUCAAAACCUUUUACAAUUCUGGCUGCUUAACAAAAUAAUAUUGAUUAUCUUGUUUUGCCCUUUUUUUUUAUCAUUCCUAUUUAUGUGGGGACCUACAAUGAAUAAAUGAACAUGUAUUUUUCUGAAAGGAACGUUAAUGCAUAGCAACAACAACAAAAAGUUAACUGUAAUGUGUUUACGUUUUGCUCUUUUAUUUAUAGAAAUGAUUUGUCAGGGCCAAGAGAACUUUUUCAAACUGUAAAUCUAACUGUUGUGUACAGUAUUAAGGCAGUGGGACAUAGAAGUUGAUCGGCUCAUCGUUUGAAUGUAUCCAUUGUCUUCUGACGAACUUCAGACCUCUCUGGGAAAUAAAAAGCGAGACGUUUUGAUGCCUUGAAA